UGAUUUGCUAAGGCGAGAGAAGAAAGGAGUUAGUGCGUGUUGAGAGAGCGGGGUACUGCGAACUGCCUUACUAUGCUGUAGCCCCAGACCUUCCCCUCUGCACUAGACGGAAUCCGGAAAAAAAACACACACACACACACACACAACCACGGCGUGCAACUUAGGUUUUUCAUCUUGUUUACAAAGAAAGCUAAAAAAAACACUGCGGAGCGGGGAAGGUGAGCCUCAUGAGUCGGCCUCGUGGAUUGCAACGGCAUCAUGGAUUUAACUAAAAUGGGUAUGAUCCAGCUUCAGAACCCCAACCACCCCACUGCCCUGCUGCAGAAGGCCAACCAGAUGCGUCUUGCGGGGACUCUGUGCGAUGUGGUCAUCAUGGUCGACAGUCAGGAGUUCCAUGCUCACCGGACUGUACUGGCCUGCACCAGCAAAAUGUUUGAGAUCCUCUUCCAUCGCAGCAGCCAGCAUUACACCCUGGACUUUCUUUCACCAAAGACUUUUCAGCAGAUCUUGGAGUAUGCUUACACUGCCACGCUACAGGCCAAGGUGGAGGACUUGGAUGAUCUUCUGUAUGCCGCAGAGAUCCUGGAGAUUGAGUACUUGGAAGAGCAAUGUCUCAAGAUCCUGGAAACCAUCCAGUCCUCGGAUGAGAACGACGUCGAGGUCAGUGUGAACGACGGCAGCACAGAGGAGGACGAGGAGCGCAAAGGCCACAAUGGAGCCAAGAACUCUAAACACCAUUCCAUACCAUAUCUGUCCGGUAGCCAGCAAGUGUCCAUGUCCGGCAUGGUGGACCAGAGUCCCUCGGUGUCCACCUCCUUCAGUAUGUCCACCCUGAGUCCCACCAAAGCUGCGGUGGACAGCCUGAUGAGCAUCGGUCAGUCUCUGCUUCAGCAGGGCUUCGGUGGCGAACACCUCAUCCACGGCAACUCCCACCACUUGACCGAGAUCAAGACUGAAAUGAUGCAAGUGGACAUGAGCGGCAACGGCAACGACAGCCCCCAUAACAUGGAGUCGAGUGCCUCCAGUAACGGAGAGCGCGGCGGGGAGGACAGGAACCGAGACGGCCCCGGAACUCCGACCAGGAGCAGCGUCAUCACCAGUGCGCGCGAGCUGCAUUACGUCCGCGACGAAGGCAUGGGAGACCAUCAAGCUGACGUCGGUCAUAUGGGGUUGGAGGCGAUGGCUGGAAUGACAGAGAAACACCUGGCCUCACUGUACGCCCUGCCUGUCAAUCACAAAUCAGAUGCCAUCAUGUCCAUGCCGGUGUCCAUGGCCUCUGCUCUCCCCAUGUCCCCAGCCCUGGCUAUGUCUAUGGACUUCAGUGCCUACGGGGGACUCCUGCCUCAGAGCUUCAUCCAGAGAGAGUUCUUCAGCAAGCUCGGGGAGCUGGCGGUGGGCAUGAAACCAGACGGCAGGAACCAGCACGAGCGCUGCAAUGUGUGCGGUGCAGAACUUCCAGAUAAUGAAUCUGUGGAGCAGCACAGGAAGAUGCACAGUGAAAUAAAGACCUACGGCUGUGAGCUGUGUGGGAAGAGUUUCCUGGACAGCCUUCGUCUACGGAUGCAUUUGCUGUCUCACUCAGCUGGUGAGAAGGCCAUAGUUUGUGACCAGUGUGGCGCCCAGUUCCAGACAGAGGAAUCCCUGGAGGCCCACCGAAAGAUCCACACCGGGUCGGACAUGGCCAUCUUCUGCCUGCUCUGUGGGAAGCGUUUCCAGACCCAGACGGCGCUGCAGCAGCACAUGGAAGUCCACGCCGGCGUUCGCAGCUACAUUUGCAGCGAAUGCAACCGGACUUUCCCCAGCCAUACUGCACUCAAACGUCACCUCCGCUCACACACAGCGGGUGACCACCCGUACGAAUGCGAGUUCUGCGGGAGCUGCUUCCGCGACGAGAGCACGCUGAAGGGUCACAAGCGCAUCCACACUGGGGAGAAGCCCUAUGAAUGUAACGGCUGCGGGAAGAAGUUCAGCCUCAAGCACCAGCUGGAAACCCAUUACCGCGUGCACACAGGUGAGAAACCAUUUGAGUGCAAGCUGUGCCACCAGCGAUCCAGGGACUACUCGGCCAUGAUCAAGCACCUGCGCACCCACAAUGGCGCCUCGCCCUACCAAUGCACCAUCUGCCUGGAGUACUGCCCCAGCCUGUCAUCCAUGCAGAAGCACAUGAAAGGCCACAAGCCUGAAGACGUGCCGCCAGACUGGCGCAUCGAGAAGACCUACCUUUACCUCUGCUACGUCUGAGAGCGGGAGAUGGGAGAGAGAGAGAGAGAAAGGGUACGUGAGGAGCUGGGGAUGGGGUGGAGAGGUGAGGGGGAAUGUAAUUGAGCGUUUCGGAGGCUCGCAGCUGUAGGUGAGCGUCGACAGUCGACGGCGAGAGACUCGAAAGCAAGUGGGGUUUGUUUUCUCUUUUUUCUUUUCAUGCAAAGGCGGGGAGGGCAGGGCGGCAAAAAGACAGGGGUUUUUAGAGGGUGGUUACGUUGGGACUGGAGUGCUAAGAAGAGGAAGACUUGGACUUUCGGAAGAGAGUGACUCUCCACCAUUGUUCGGAUUCACCGGGUCAUUCACUACAUCUGCGACUGUGUUAUUGUUUCAGGUCAUUUCAUGCAGCGCCAUAAAGCAAGCGGGGCUGCAGGGAAGUGAAUUUUUUUUUUUCCCUUUGGAUGCUGCUGCCACAGUGGCAAGAGAGCGGCUUCUCAAGGGCUAUCUCAGUUUGCACAUCCAUGCCACCAGGAAUCUUUGACUCCACUUCAAAAUAAUCCAGAAGAAAGGACUUUUUUUCUUUGUUUUUUGUCGAGUUUACCUUCAUGCUGCUCAGACGUUACGAGUUUGCGAAUCCAAGCAUCAGUUUAGGCCCCAGCUCAUCUUUUCAAUUUGUCUUUUGGAGGAGACGUGGCUUUUCCAACACAAGAAAUGAACACUCACAGAGUGAGUGAGAGAACUGCUUUGGGCGAGCGUGCCCGUAAUCCUUCCCUAAAUAGGAAGCGAAUCAUCUCCCGUGCCUGAGCAGAAGACGUAUAUCUGCCCCGUCAAACUGUCCACACACUCAAUCCCUCAGAUCCCGGCAGUGGCAGUGAGAUAGCCCAUGAGAAUCCGCACAGAAGAGCCGGCGGGCUUAUAUGCAGUAGAUGAAACAGCUGAACUGGACAGGUGGGAGCAUUAAAAUACUGCAAACCAAGCACCCAUUUGGUUGCGAGGGGGUGGGUCGGGGGACGGGGACGGGACGACGCUAUAGUGCUGCUUUUGGUUGGACGUCUCCCCGGUUUUUUCUCAGUAGUCUUCCUGGUUCUGGUUCUGGAUCUGUGUCACAUGAGGCCUGGACAAGGACAAGGAGUCGCCCACCGCGGUUCUGCCCAGAGAGCCACUCUUAUCAUCGCAUAUAUUUAGUUUCUCCGCUCCGCGUCAUCGUUUAUCACGGCUUGAUUGCACAGAUUAAACAAAAAUGACGACAACGGUUUUCUUUUUUGGAUGCCCGCACGGUGUAUAUCGUCUCCUUAGACCAUAACUCGUUAUCCACAUUACAGCACAAUAAACCUACUUAGCAAUAGUUGACCGGACUGGCUUUUUAUCCAACGCGCAUUUAAUCCAGAUCACUAUCAUAAUCUCACACUAACGACGGACUACACAAGCUGACACAGUACAAACAGUUAACACUCGGCAGAUCUGUGCUACAAGGCUGCUUUUCCGUGGGAGUCCUGUGACUUUUUUUUUGUUGUUGUUUUGUUUUGUUUCACUUCUGCGAGUGAAUGUUGAGGAGGUGCCGAGGAGGGGAGGAGCCUUAGCUGCACACCUUCACCAUGUGGCGUCGCAGGAUGAAGACUGUUAUAAUGGCUACGAAAACAUGAAUGUGAAUGACUGUGACUGCCUGGCUUCAUAUCGGGCCGUGGUCCACGCACGUACCUGCAGAAAAGGUUCACGCUGCCUUUCACCGAACGUCAGAGAGCUUUAAUUCCAACACAAUACGCUCCUCCAGUUCUAAUAUGCAAGUGUUUUUGUACACUUGGAAACCCAGAAUAUACAAAAAGAUAAUCAGCCACACUGGAUUCAAUCACGACCAGUGCUGCGAUGCUCAUGUUUGGACUUUAUAAACCACGGUUCCUGAAGAUUUUGGAAUUUCUGACUUUUCCUGAGGUCUGUGAAACGCAGCGUUAGACACGCGGGUACGGCUUGUACCUGAAGAGGCUUAAGUGAACAUCACUGCAUGUCACGGCGUUACUGGGGGGCGGUCCAAAUGGCCGCUGGGGGGGGGGGGGAGAAACAAAGUCACUGGUUGGACGGGAUACGGCCGAAGAGCUUAGGGGGCGACGAGUGAGACGACAGAAUAAAUCAACUCUUUAUGUUCUUUUUUUUCUCUGUGGUAUUUUUUUGUCCCCGCGCUUUGUCUCGUCUCCUGUUUUUUAUUUGUUUUUUUUUCUCCUGUCGUUCUUAUCGACCUUGAGUUUGAGCUCAACACAUCGUACUUGAAUUACCUCGUUUCUGUGACCUCGCGUUUGCUCGUUUUUUGUUGUUUUCCUUCAUAAUUCCCGCCCCCCCUUCUGUUCCGUUCUCGUUCGUGAUUGUUCGUCGGAAAGAUGCAUUGCACAGCGUGAUGAAGCAAUGUAUAGAAAAAAAGAAUUAAGUGCCACGGUGAAGAGAUUUGUUUUUCUAAUGUUGUGUAUUUCUCUGUGCAUUAGUUGUUACCAAACUUGGUAUUAUUAACCCUGCUUGUUAAAGAGCCGGAAGGUUUGGUCUAUUUUGUUUUUGUUUUUUUGUUAUAAAAGCUACCUCUAAGUUUUUUUGUUUUGCAAAAAGCACAUGUUUUUGUGUUUUGUGUUUUGCAUUGUUUUCAUCGUUGCUACUUCAUCUCAUGCUAUUUUGUUUUGUUUUUCUCAAAAGUUGAUUUAUGAUUGUGUUUUAAAGCAAAAUGUAUAUAAAAGGGUAAGAAAUAACAAAAGUAGAGGUUGAUAGGAUGUGAAAAAUCAUUCAAAUGGAUGUUUAUGGUUCUCUUAUAGUCUCCCCCCACUUCCCCUCACUGCACCUCCAACCAUAGAAGAGUAGAGGGGGGAAAAAAAAAGAAAAAGCAAUUUUGAAGCCUUAAGUGAUGAGUCGGUGGAAGUGCAGCACGAUAAGAAGAAGAACUAUUUCUUUUUUUCAGAUGGGGUUUAAAAAGCAAGAAUUUAAACUUGAAAAUAUGUUAAUAGAAUUGUAGUUUUGUAAUGUGAAAAAAAAGAGAGAGAGAGAGAGAGAGAAGGUUUGUCAAAAGUGGCUCAACCUCCCCGUGUGCAGGACAGGUGAUCAUUUGCAGAGAUGCAGACGUGCGUUGGACAAUUGGAACUGCAAGCGGUAAUCAAAAAAAAAAACGAAAAAAGAUAAAGAAAAGAAAAGAAAAACAAACCAGGAGGUUAAAAAUAGAGAUUCUCUCAGCUGACAAAGCUUCUCUUGAGAAAUUAGUGUAUUCCUGAACAAGAGCCAACAGAGGCAAUUUGAUAUAUAAAAAUUGUGAUAUUUUUGUAUUCAGUGUCAGUCCUUUUUCCAUUUGUGGAGGGUUAAAGCAGGGCACAAAUAUUUGUAUUUCUUUUUAUUGUUAUUGUUAUUAUUAUUAUUACCUGUCAUUUUUUUCUCUCUGGGUGUGAAUCAUUUUUGCCUUGCUCCUCUUUGAUAUUGUUGGACAAAAAAAACCGUGUGUGAACCGUACGUUGUAAUAAUAAGUGUCGCUUUCUGGAUGUCAAUUGCAUUGUAGGUGAAGGACUAGAAAAAAAAAAAAAAAAAAAUCUAUCUGCCACAAAUUCUACGAGCGUGUGUGUGCGUGUAAACAAAAAAAAAAAAACGGCGAGUUCAAUGAAAAAAAUGAUAAAAUACCGGGGCGGCAGGGGGCGCUGCUGCCUCCGCCACCAACCGACCAAUUAGUACUUGUCAUUCACAGUUUUUCAAUCAAACUUGACUGUCGACAUUUGUUUUGUUUUUGUACUUGAAAAAAAAAAGAAGAAGAAGGGACGGUAUGUCCCGUCCCGUGGUGUCUUGCCAUUUUAUUCUCAAACACUGUGAGCUGAGGGGGGUCUUUUUUUGUUUUUUGUCGUUAACCCUCGUAAAUAACAAAUAUCCACCCACUACAAUAAUAACAGCCGGUCACAGUCUGAACCAAACCACAAUGCAAAACCCGUGCAGUCACAUGAUUCCCAUUAAUCGUCCUCUGAAUGUUUUCUACUUCUUUGUGCGGGUGAAAGAGUGCGUUUAAAAAAAGCGAGUGUGUAACUAUGUGUGUGUGUGUUAGUUGAAAAAUGCACUAAUCAGAUCAGAUACAAAAUAAGAGGAUAUUCUAUGCCACUUUUUUUUUCUCUCUCUCUAUGUUGGAAAAAAAAAAUCGAUAUAUAUAUAUACAUUGGCAUCGAUAUAGUUCUUCCCUCAGUGUUCCUCCGAUGUUUCUGUACUAUCUUUGUGCCUAAAAAUGGAAAUUGUUCAACAAAAAUAUCCAUCUACAGUAUAUCUGCUUAGUUUUCUGUAUUUUCAGAAGAAAAUAAAAAAAACCUCCAGCACACUAGGGAUGUCAUGACGCUCGAAAAAUGACCAGAUUUUUAUUUUUCUUAAAAAAAACGAACCCUUAUUGCUACUGAAGUAGCAACAGGGAUUUCUUUCUUUCUUUUUUUUUUCGCGCUAUGAUUGGCACCCAAAAGCAUUUACUUUCUGGACAAAGCAACAGGUUUGCUAUCGUGAGAGAACUUUCUAUUGCUCUUGAAUUAAAAAAAAAAAAUUUAAAAAAUGAAAAAAAAAAAUUUAAAAAUCCUCCAUUUUGGCAGGUUGGCACUCCUGUGUCGUUUCUUCACUUUUAUUUCUAAGUACUUUUUUUUGUUUUGUUUUAUUUUAAAUUACUACGAAAUGCAUUUAGAGAGAAAAAAG